UCCUCACUCAUCCAAAACUCACCUCCACCACCUUCAACAAUGGCUCCCGCCCGCCUCCGUCUCCUCUUCCUCCUCCUUCCCCUCCUCUCCCUCUUCCUACUCCGCGCCACCUCCGCCAUCCUCUGCCACCCGCCGGACAAGGAGGUCCUCCUCCGCAUCAAGUCCGCCCUCAACAACCCCUACCUCCUCGCCUCCUGGAACCCGGACGUCGAUUGCUGCCACUGGUACUGCCUCAAGUGCCACUACAAGACCCACCGCGUCAUCUCCCUCUUCUUCCUCGCCUCCGACCUCCCCGGCCAAAUCCCCUCCGCCAUCGGCGACCUCACCUACCUCCACGACCUCACCCUCCACAAGCUCUCCAACUUCUCCGGCCCCAUCCCAAAGUCCUUCACCAAGCUCAAGUACCUGAAUUACAUGACUCUCAGCUGGCUCAACCUCACCGGCCCCAUCCCGUCCUUCCUCGGCCAGCUCAAGAACCUCACCCAACUCGACCUCUCCUUCAACAAGCUCACCGGCGGCAUCCCGGACUCCCUCUCCACCAUCCCCGGCCUCGGCUACGUCGGCCUCGACCGCAACCAGCUCACCGGGAAGAUUCCAGCUUCCCUCGCCAACCUCAAGGGUAACAGCCUCUACCUCAUCCUCUCCCACAACAGCCUCUCCGGCGAGCUCCCGGAGACCUUCGCCGGCGUCGAUUUCGGGAAGCUCGACCUUUCCCGGAACAUGCUUCAGGGGGACGCAUCGCUGGUGUUCGGGAGGAACAAGAGCACGUUCUACAUCGACAUAUCGAGGAACCAGUUCGCGUUCGACCUGUCGAAGGUGGAGUUGAACGAGAGCCUGAAGACCCUGGACAUGAACCAUAACAAGAUUUACGGGUCGAUUCCAAAGUCCAUGGUGAGUAUCCAGUUCCUGAACGUGAGCUACAACCGGCUGUGCGGGGAAAUCCCGGUGGGCGGGCAGUUGCAGAGCUUCGAUUACUCGGUGUACUUCCACAACCGAUGCUUGUGCGGUGCUCCUCUUGCUAGCUGCAAGUGAAAACCAGGACUCAGCUUAGCCGAUGCUUUAAGACUCGAGCAAACCAGUUUGUCUACCUCUGGUGUUUAAUUACCGUGCUUUGAUCAGAAAUAAAAAUAAGAAAGCCUUCUGAAUCA